GGAACAGUCAAUUACCGUGCGUCGAACGAGACAGAGCUAAGUUCUUAUCAAUUGAAAUUUGUAUGUACUAAGUAAAUACAUACUUAAAUAAAAAAUGUUAUCAACAUUUGUUAACAUUAUCGGAUUGUACGCGAUCGUUUGCUUUCUAUACGAACACUUGAGAACACCUUAUAGAUUGCUCAAGGCGCGUCUGGUUAAUGAUCCAAAUCAUCGAUUGAGUUUAAAAGAACGUUUUGGCUCCUGGGCUGCAGUUACGGGCAGCAGCGAUGGCAUUGGCAAGGAAUAUGCCAAGGAGUUGGCCAGACAGGGUAUCAAUGUGGUUUUAAUAGCUAGAAACAAGGAGAAACUUGAGGAGGUUGCUAAGGAAAUCGCCUCGGAGUCCAAAGUCAAGACAAAGAUUGUCGUGGCGGAUUUUACUCAGGGUGUAGAGGUCUAUGAGCACAUUGAGCGAGAAUUGGCCGACUUACCCAUAGCUAUACUUGUUAACAAUGUGGGCAUUGGUUUGCCUGGUAUCCUUUACAAAUACACCAAGGAGCAGACUCAACAUUUGAUCGAUACAAAUGUUAUGGCCGUUUCGCAACUUUCUCGUUACUUUUUCAACCGCCUGCGUCAGGCCAAGAUUAAGGGAGCCAUUGUCAAUGUAGGUUCCGGCACCGAACUUCAACCUGUCCCAUAUGCAAGUCUCUAUGCUGCCUCCAAGGCCUACAAUCGCAGCCUCACCCUCGCUUUAAAGUGUGAGGCAGCUCCAUUUGGCAUUCACGUGCAGCUUUUGUCCCCGUGUUUUGUGGUGACCAAAAUUAACAAUUACUCCAAGCGCAUUAUGAGUGGAGGACUGUUUAUACCAUCAGCCGAGGUUUUUGCCCGCAGUGCAGUUGCCCAGCUAAGGGAUGGCGUGGAUGAGACUCCUGGUUACUUAUGGCAUCAUAUCCAGAAUGCGGCUUUUACACUUAUUCCCUGGAGAUUGCGUCUAUUUGCGAGUCAAUUGUUUUUCAAACUAAUGAUUGAUAAGAAAUCUAAAUAAAAUCAUAGCAUACUUUUAGCUUGCAGCAAAACUAUUGGUUGUUGUCUA